AUGAAGAAAUAUGUGUCAUUACAUCCAGAACUAAUUAGAUCUGAACAGAUCACUAGUGAAGUUUCAAUUAGACCGUUUAAAAAUGAAAUUUUAGAAUAUUUGCAAACGUUAGAAGGUUCUUGUACUACAUUGAAUUCUUCAAUGAUCGAUAACCAACCUGAGAUCAAUUGGAGUAUGAGACCAUACAUUAUCGACUUUAUAAUGGAAUUACACCUUUUCUUCAAACUUUCACAAGAGACUUUUUUCCUGGCAUGUUUUAUCGCUGACAAGUACUGCUGUAAGAGAAUUGUCUAUAAGAGACAUUAUCAAUUGUUAGCAGCUACUUCGUUGUGGAUUGCUGCUAAAUAUCAGGAUAAAAAGACGAGGAUCCCCACAUUGAGGGAGCUUGCUUUACUCUGUCGUCAAAUUUAUGAACCUAAAAUGUUUGUUCAAAUGGAAAAGCAUAUUUUAUCUACAUUAGAAUGGUCAGUAGGUUCAUUAGUCUCUACAUUUGAUGUAGUCCAAUGGUUGCUUUCCACAUCAUCAAUGAAAACGUUACCUAAAAAUACAGAAUUUUUAUCAUUAACAUCAUUCCUCUGUGAUUUGACAUUAUAUGAAAGGGAAUUCAUGAAUUAUACUUCUUCAGUCAAAGCCAUCUCGGUACUUUUGCUAGCUUGUAAAGUAAUUCAGAAUGACUCUUUUUCACAAUUUUUAAAUCAAUUGAUUGAUAAUCAAAUUAAGUGGGACAAGUUUGAAAAUUUAGAUGAUCUUUGCUUCCAUAUCGCUGGCGAUAGUUUGUCAAAUGAUCUCUCACUAUCGUUAAAUGCAGAAAAUUUCCAAUCUAUCAGGAAAUGCCUUUACUACUUGAUAAAAGAAAUCUUUCAAGAUAAGAAUUGUGAUGAUUCUAUGGUUAAUCAAAGGGUUAUUUUAAAGAAAUAUAAGAAAUACCCAAUUACCCAUUGGUUAUACAAUUUUAGAAAAGAACACUUAGAAACUGAAUCACAAUUAACUGCAUUAUCAAAUUCAUUAAAUCUAGGCACAAUUACCCCAUAUGCUGAUGCAAUGACCAAUUGGAUUUGGGAAUCCAUUUUAAAUUCCGUGGAUAAAUUGGUAGGCUUACAAAGAAAUAAUGAUUUGACGGAAGAAGACGAGUUAAUGAUUGAUGAUGAUUUUUCACAAGAUUUAUCAUUACUAAGUUCACAAUCAUCAUCUUAUGUUAACAACAACGAUUUUAAUAUACCACCGCAUUUGAAUUGCACAGAUGUUAAUACACCAACAACAUCAUCAACAUCGUCAUCUAUUUUGAAUCCAUCGACACCUGUUUUUCAAAAUUUUAAUAAUUACAAUGGUACUGUUCGUCAUACAAAGGCUGGUAGCGGUCAAAAUUUCCAUAAUUUCCCACCAACUCCGCUUUCUGCAAAUUCAACUUUUAGCAAUCGACCUCGGUUGAGUACAGGUAGCAGUGUCAGUAGUGUCUCACCAAGAUCAAGUACAUCAGAUGCUUUUAAAAAACCAUUGAGAUCAAAUACCCGUCAUUCCCGAGGUAAUAACCAUUUGGUUAUAUUAAGGGAAUCCAGCAAUCAAAGUGAUUAUUUUGAUUAG